CAAAUAAUUUUGCGAGCGGAGAGCCACGCCAUUAGAGGCGAGCCUGGCUGUCAUCCGGGUGUUUGGCUCCUUCGCGGACGACUAAACUCGCCUGGCUGCUGUUUCUCGUCGUGCUGCGUAUACGUGUUGCUAGGAUGCGAGGCUGUGCCGGCUAGUAAAGGGACGAAGUUUUCACAGUUCCAAGUAAAGGAAAAUGAACAGCUAGUGCAAAAGCCAGUGAAAGAAAGUAAUUUCAUGUUGCCUAAUGUAGUGUGACUAAGAGGGACUCCACUACACAUCUGCCACAAUCCUUUGGUUUGCCAGUUGCAAAGACAAGAACAGAAAGAUGGGAAACAGUGCCUUAAAAGCACAUUUGGAGACAGCCCAAAAAACAGGAGUAUUCCAAUUAACUGGAAAAGGCCUUUCUGAGUUUCCUGAAGAUCUGCAGAAGUUCGCAAGUAAUCUCAGAACGAUAGAUUUGUCCAACAAUAAGCUUGAAUCACUCCCACCUUUAAUAGGAAAAUUUUCUGUAUUAAAAAGUCUUGCUUUAAAUCACAACAGACUGACUAUAUUACCUGAGGAACUCGGCAAGCUGAAAAAGCUGGAAAUUCUACAUCUGAACAGUAACCAAUUGACACGUUUACCUAGCAGCUUUGGACAACUUGCAGCACUAAAGACUCUGAGCCUUUCCGGAAACAAGCUUCAAAUUAUACCUAUUCAGCUAUGCAGUCUUCAUCAUAUAGAUGUGGUGGAUCUUUCCAGAAAUCAGAUCCAGACUAUUCCAGAUACAAUAGGAGAGCUACAGGCCAUUGAACUUAACUUAAAUCAGAAUCAGAUUUCCCAGAUCUCCUCCCAGAUCUCUCGUUGUCCACGCCUCAAAGUUCUGCGCCUUGAAGAAAACUGUCUAGAACUAAGUGUACUUCCUCAGAGUAUUCUUAGUGAUUCUCAGAUCUCUCUAAUUGCUCUAGAGGGUAAUCUUUUUGAGAUCAAGAAACUCCGAGACUUGGAUGGAUAUGACAAGUAUAUGGAGAGAUUCACAGCUACAAAGAAAAAAUUUGCCUGAACUACUGUGCCAGUUUUAUCUCGUGUAUGAAAAGGCAACAAGAAAUGUCACUGAUGUGUGGAUCCAAAAUGCAACAAGCCUGUUGGGAGAAUGACAUUCAAGACUUUAUAUAAAGUCAUAAGAGAACAGUGGCCUCCUGGUUUCAAAAUGCCUUGAUAUCUUAGAUCUCACAAAAUGAAUCCAAGAAUUGGUAGCCUUGGAUAUAAUGCUUAGCAUCCACUUGUUAAGUCUCCAUCUACAAGGAUUAAGAAGAAAAAUUCAAAAUGACCUGAGAUGAAGCGGCUUUAUGACAGUUCCUGACAACUUCAUACAUAGGAGGCAAGGCAGAUGGAGAUAAUGGGCUAAGUGUAUAGGAUCAUCUGCCAGGAGGCUCACUAAUUCAAUAUAGAUUAAAGUCCAUCUCUUAGCUUUAAAUAUUUUACAGUGUAUGUAGGGCUGUAAAAAUUACAGACAAUAGAAGCACAAAUUAUGAAUGAGCAGAUAAUGGCUUAAUAUACCUAAUAAAAAUAGUCCUAUAUUCACAUCACAA